AUGGAACCCGGUAACCACACCAGGGUGACCGAGUUUGUCAUGCAGGGCCUCUUGGAACAUCCUCACCACCGGGGGCUGUUCUUUGCCCUGAUCCUAUGCCUCUACACAGCUGUCAUCUUGGGCAACUCCCUGAUCAUUGUGGCUGUGGUCUUCCACCCACCUCUCCACACCUCUAUGUACUUCUUCAUCGCUAACUUGGCCACGGUCGACAUCAUGUGCAGCUCCUCGGUUCUGCCCAAGAUGAUGGAAAACCUGCUGCGAGGGAAGAAAACCAUCUCCUUCGAGGGCCGCAUGGCCCAACUCUUUGCCUUCUCUAUGUCUGGGGCAACGGAGCUGAUGCUCCUGACGGUCAUGUCAAGCGACCGCUAUGUAGCUAUCUGCCACCCCUUGCAUUAUGUCAACCUCAUGACCAAGAGAGUUUGCAUCACUUUAGCCAUUGGCGUCUGGGCUGUCAGUAUCGGCAAUUCAUUGAUGCACACCUUGCUUAUGCUGCGUCUGGAUUUCUGCGGGCCCAACCUCAUCCAGCCUGUCUGCGAGAUCCCAUCUCUGCUGGUGCUGUCCUGCAGCUCCACCUACCUCAACCAAGACAUGGUGUUCCUGGCGGACAUCUUCAUAGCCAUGGGGAACUUCCUGUUGACCACCGUGUCCUACAGCUUCAUCAUCAUCGCCAUCCUGAAAAUCCGGAGCUCCAAAGGGAAGCAGAAAGCCUUCUCCACUUGCUCCUCUCACCUGCUCGUGGUCACCUUGUUCUACUCCACCGUCAUCUACACCUACAUCUCACCCACCUCCAGUGACUUCCUGGCUAAGAACAAGAUGGUGGCCAUCAUGUACACCCUAGUGACUCCCAUCCUGAACCCUCUAAUCUACAGCUUGCGCAAUAAGGAAGUCAAAGUGGCCUUCAGGAAAAUCUUCCCAUUUGCCAUGAAAUAG